CGCACGCGUCCGCCGGAGGAAGUCUUCCGCGAGCCAUGGGCUCGUCGCCGGGGUGGUUCCGCGCGCUGUGGAGGGCGCUGCUGUCCAGGGAGGCGAGAGAGCUCGUGGGCAGCGACCACCUGGGCAACAAAUACUACUACGUCCCGUCGUACAAGAACUGGAGAGGACAAACUAUUCGAGAGAAAAGAAUUGUCGAAGCAGCAAAUAAAAAAGAAGUAGACUAUGAAGUGGGGUCUAUCCCAACAGAAUGGGAAGCGUGGAUUAGAAAAACAAGGAAGACCCCACCAACGAUGGAGGAAAUACUAAGGAAUGAAAAUUACAGAGAAGAAAUGAAAGUAAAAAGCAAAGACUUUUAUGAAAAAGGUAAACUCAGUCAAGAGAUGGGUGAAGAACUCUUGCCCCCGCCGGCCGCAGCGCGGGUUACAGGGCACGCCUCUGCCCCGUCCUUUGGAAAGAAAGAGCCUGCCGUGGCCCCCACCAGCACUGGUAAAAUGUUUCAGCCAGGAUCCUGGAUGCCACAAGAUGGCAAAACACAAAAUAAAUGAUCACACCAUGAUAAAGUUACUUCAUCUGUAUGGGUAUGACUAUUUCAACAAAUAAAAGAGGGAAAAAUUAA